CAGGUGGCCGCCCCCGCCCUUUCUCACAGCUGCGUCUGCGGCCUCCCGUGAGCCACGCCGGAGCUCGCGGCAAGCAGGUCCCCCGGGUUCCUUUCUGCCGACCGCUGGCUUUUCCUCGGUCUGCGCACGGGGGCCACCCCUACCCUGCGGAGAGCGAGGCCCAGAGCGUCGUCGAGAUUUGGGGGGCACCGGAGACCGAGGGCCUGGCGGCCGCAGGAACCACACUUAAACGGGACUCCGGCCCGGGCACGGCUGGAACAUGUCCCAGGGGAUACAGUUGCCCGACUAUGUUUACACUUCUUCUGGCUCUACUCAGCCACCUGCCCAUGGUUACCUUGGCGUUUCCUCAUUGCAUAAGAAGUUCAAAGGAUUCUAAGCAUGUGGGAAGAGAAGUCUUUACAUCAAAAGAAGAAGCAAACUUUUUCAUACAUAGACGCCUCCUAUAUAAUAGAUUUGAUUUGGAGCUCUUUACUCCUGGUGACCUAGAAAGAGAGUGCAAUGAAGAACUUUGUAAUUAUGAGGAAGCCAGAGAGAUUUUUGUGGAUGAAGAUAAAACGAUGACGUUUUGGCAGGAAUAUUCGAUAAAAGGACCAACCACAAAAUCAGGUAAAGCAAGAAUUGAUAAAAUCUAA